AUGGCAGAGGCGUUUCUUAAAGACAUUCUCGAUAAGCUGAGAUCACUUAUUACGGAGGAGGUCGGACUGAUCUUGGGCGUUGACAAGGAGAUGAAGAAGCUUUCAAACACCCUCAUUACCCUUCAAGCCGAAUUGAAAGAUACUGAAAUCAAGCAAAUCGUAAACAGAUCCUUCCGAGAUUGGGUGCAAAAGCUCGGCGCCCUUGCUUAUAAGAUCGAUGACAUAUUGGAUGAGUGCAAUACUCAUGGCUCCAAACUCAACAAACUCAGUCGCUACAGCCCCCGGAAUAUGUUUUAUAGUCGCAUUAUCCGGGGGAGGAUGAAACGAGUCACGGAGAAACUAGAGGUUGUUGCUACAGAGAGCGCUAAAUUUGCUACAGAGAGCGCUAAAUUUCAAAUGCCUGCUGAUAAGCCUAGAGAAGUUGUUGUUCCUCCCUCCCGUGAAACUAUUUCCCUGUUAACCCAAUAUGAUCAGAUCUAUGAUAGAGAAGAAGAUAAAGAAAAGAUUGUGCAGAUAUUGGUGAAUGAUGUAAAGGAAGAUAAGGGUAUAUCUGUGUUGCCAAUCAUUGGUGUCGGUGGUAUUGGCAAGACAACUCUGGCUAAGUUAGUCUAUAACGAUCCGCGGGUGGGAGAACACUAUGAUAUAAGAAUUUGGGUUUAUGUAUCCAAAAAUUUCGAAUUGAAAACUUUGUUGAAGGCUAUGAUCGAAGAUGCAACAGGGAGCGCAGUAGCUUUGGGUCAGUUGGAUGUUUUACAACGUGAGCUUCGGAAGUUGUUGAGUCAAAAAAGAUAUUUGAUUGUACUUGAUGAUGUUUGGAAUGAAGACCAGGAGAAAUGGUUUAAGUUGAAAAAUAUUCUAUCAUGUGGCUCAACUGGUGCAUCCAUCAUUGUCACCGCACGCCAAAAUAAGGUUGCUCAUAUAAUGGGGACACUUCCAGCUCAUCGCCUCAAGAGACUUUCUGAUGAGAAUUGUUGGAUGUUGCUCAGGUCUCGAGCCUUCGGCCCUAACGAAGAGGUAUCUCCGCAUCUGGAAAUAAUUGGGAAGGAGAUUGUGAAGAAGUGUGUUGGCGUGCCCCUCAUUGCUGAGGCUCUAGGAGGAAUUCUUCGGUUUAAGAGGACGCGCGAGGAAUGGUUAUAUGUGAAAGAGGACGAAUUACACAACCUGCAGUUGAGAUUCUGAUAGGGACCUGUACAUUUAUUAUAUUCUA